AUUUUAAAGAGGAUAGCCAUAAUCUCUUUGGCCACAAUCUAAAAAUUGUAUUGAAUUGAUAAGUUUGGAAAAGGUUAUCUUUUUCAUUUUUGAUAACUAAUCGAUUUUAUCUUAUCAUAAUAACAGCCGGUACAUGAAAAUUGGAACUCCGUAAUAUAAAUUACUUAAUAUUAAAGUUUGCACGAAGAUGCAGUUUGUAUUCUAAAUGUAAUAAAAGUCCCAUAUUUGCGUGAUACCGGAAUAGCACCUAAAUAUAAAAAAAUGAACAGCAUUGGAGAAGAAUGCACUGAUUUGAAGAAAAAAUAUGAUGACUGCUUUAACACUUGGUUUUCUGAGAAAUUCUUAAAGGGUGACCAUGAUGAUUCUAUGUGCUCUAGUAUCUUCCGAAUUUAUCAAGAAUGUGUUAAGAAUGCAAUGAAACAACAAAAUAUAGACUUCAAAGAGAUUGAUAAGGAUAUACUGGGCACCGAAAAUGAAUUCAAAGCACCACCACAAGAAGGCACCAGUUGACAGAGUUCAAACUUUAUGUGCUUGUUCAACCCAGUGACAUGCUGGCAAAUCAUGCAUGGAAAUAGUUUUGUUAAACAGGACAAGAUAUUAGAGUUUAGAAGAGACAACAAUGGCAUGAAACAGUGCAAGGAUAUAGAUGAAUGUAAAUAUUAAAUAUAACCUUAUGAAAUCAUUAGGAUUUCACCAUAUAUUUCUGUUGCAAUAAAUAGUACCUGGCAAUUUUGUUGUAA